AUGAGGAGUCCGACAUGCAGUGCCAUGCCUUCGUCUCUGACGGAUGUCUUCGGCUAUUCUGAAGACAGUCAAAGCAACACGAUAGCUCUUGUGCGGAUGGUGGAUCGAUGGGAUGGAGAGGACCAAAAUCGCAACCGUCAAGCACCGUCGAGUCAAUAUGAUUCGGAGAUUCACCAAUCUCUAGACAAGAUUCCUGAUCGGCCAAUCUUGGACUUCUUGGUGAAAUAUUUCGUGCGCGAAGUGAACUGGAUGGAUCAGCUUGUUCAUCUCCCAUGGAUUCUAGACGAAUACCAACGCUGGCGGAUCGUCGAAACUCCAUCAUCUCUCUUUGAGAUUGAGUUCGCGGUUCUCAUUUUGAGAAUAUGUUCUUAUACAUCUGAAUAUCUCCCCUCUCCGUCAUGUACUAUUGAAAGGAUCCGGGAUAUAUCACUGGCGGAUAUUCGCCACUCGUGCGACGAAGCUGCUAACAGUCUCGCAGAAAUAUGUCUCCGUCUUAAUCCCAAAGGAAGUCUUCUUCGCGUACAACACUUGGUCUUUGUUGGGUUAAAGGCCAAGUGUCAGGGCUUUAUGAAGGAUUUUCGAGAUGCACUCCGGUCCGCGAUAGAGGUUGCUCAAAGGAUUGGGGCAGAUCAAGAUGUUUCUCCAGACAUUUCGGAUAUGAGUGAGUUAGAGAAAGAAACUCGCCGGAGGAUCUUCUGCAAUCUUUAUAUAUGGGACAGCUAUUUAUCACGACAAUUGGACCGUAUCCCUACUAUACCUAGUGGGAUAGAGCCGGAGAAUAUGCCACGGAUGCACCUUGGCUCCGAUAUCAAUGAAGCCCAUGGCCUCGAAGAAUUCACUGAGCGCAUCCUUCAGGUUCGCCUGGCCAAUUUCUGGAGGAGUAUGGGUCCAACAUUAGGGUCUACUUAUGAUAUGAUCCUCGCCCAAGAGAGAUAUGAAAGCUUUUGUGGUAAUUUUCUGACCACGCUGCCACUCGCUUUUGCUCUCCAGCCAAACAAGCAGUGGGAUGAACGACUUCCGAUGCUUGCAAAGCAAAGAGAGAUUUUAUUCAUAUCAAUAUUUGAGUCUCUUUGUUACAAUUUCCGGCCAGCCAUUUUGCUGGAUGCGAGCCAUCUUCCCGAGUACAAGCAAAUCUUGCUCUCAUUACAGCGAAAGGCUCUAGCAGUUGCUGCACUCAAUGUUCUGCAAGGGGUAUCCAGACUGCAUUCCCUGAUCGGAGGUUCUCAAACACGGUACACAGGGAUCAUUCAACCCACUUUCGAAGCUGCAGUGCUUCUGGUAUCAUUAUGCAUGGAUCAAAGCUUCCUGGGAGAUGUGGAAAACCGCAGUUCAAGGAUUACCAAGAUGGAUCCUCUUUCUGCCGGGAUGGUAAACUUAACAUGGGCGGACUGCAUGGAUGCUAUACGAGAUGCACUGAAACUCCUAAAAAUGUUAUCGGAGGUCAGCAAUAUGGCAGAUGUGGGAGCACAAAGCCUUGGCAAGCUGAUCGGCAAAGUCGCCAAAAAGCCCACUAGCGCCUCGCGAAUGGAAAACCCUUCCAAGCCAGACGACGGAGCUUUCUCUCAAAUAGGGGGAGGUUCGGCUGAAAUUCAUUUGCCAGAAUAUUCAGAGUCGGACCCCGCAGUCUCUCUAGCAGAGAUAGCCUCGAUGGCGGCCUUUGAUGUUGAUAUGAAUAUAAACUGGGAUGCUUUGGCAUCAAAUAUCUGA